AUGACCUUCAUUUCCCUCAGCAAUCAUCAAGACAAUAGUACGUAUGGUUAUAGUUUGCUUCGUCUCUGUGGAGCCAUUAAGGGACACUCCAAGACCAACACAUCAAACGGUGCACAAAAUCAAUGGCUUUUAAUUACUCAACAGCCAGCCAAUAAAACUACACGAUGGGAAGUAAGGGAGAGCUCGUUCAAGGCACUAAUUUUACUCUCCGAAGGAGUUAAUACAUUGCAAUUAAAAUUGGAAUCAAAUCCGAAUGAAAUUUUAGGGAAUUUUACAUUUACCUACGAUGCAUCAUUGAUUAAUAAUUGGAAUAGGGAAAAUAAGAUGAUUAAGAGAGUGAUUCCAGUGCAUUUCGUUUGUAGUGAUCAUGAUGGAUCGUUUCAGUCAAUUGAAGGAUGUCAAACUGCAGAGAUUGCUAGACAAAAGCUUGGAGUUGCUGCAUUAAUGUAUCAAACUUUCUGUGCUGAAGCUUUGAAGCAUAACAAGACGUUUGGAUUGGAGAUGGAAAGUGACAGAACUAAUAUGCCACAUGUCAUGACAUUUAAAUCAAAAAAGUGGACCAGAAGUGCUUUGGAAGCUCUUGGAGAUCACUGGAACGAUGGAGGAUGUGCUGGUUGGUCAGCAAUCUAUGAAGAAUUAGAGGAACAUGACAUGCACAACCCAAAUUUCAUUUACUUUUGUGUUUUGGCGGGAAGCAAAUAUAACACAACAACUCACAAGACACAAAUGGGAACUGCACUUGGUGGAGGUAAGCUUGCCUUAUGGACAGACUGUACCUUGUAUUCCUAUGCCAAAAAUGUUGAUGAAAUUGUCAAAUGUUUGCUAGAUAACAGAAAAGUCGAUGUCAACAAAUUACCAGAUGACAGCUGUUACAGAGGAAGUUACUGGGCUAAUUAUUCUACUGGACUAGGAGCUGCAAUGCACGAAUUGGGGCAUUGCUUUGGUUGUCCACAUACCCCUGGAGGAAUCAUGGCCAGAGGAUUCGAUGAUUUCAAUCGUUUCUUUAUGAUUUCAGAACCUGGAGACAACCAAGCAAUUAUUACAAAAACUCACGAGUUGGGAGCUUUUUGGGAGGAUUCUUCGAUUGCUAUUAUUUUGAAACAUCCAGUGGUUGGGUCAAAGAGUGAGUGUGUGAUUAUACCAGGGAAAUCAGUGGUGCAAGUGCCAGUUGUCAAAAGCAAUGUUAGUUCUGUAAAUACAAAUUCAAUGAUGGAUUGUCACUAUUACGUUUGUGGAAAGAGUUUUGAGAAUGAUUCUAGUUUUGAGCAUGAAUCUAAAACUACUUGGCUUGAAAGACAUGGCGAAGUUCCUUUUGCUUCCUUUAUUGAAACUGCCAGAAAUCAAGAAGAAAUAAUAUUAUUCGACAAUGGACGAAACAUGGAACUGAAGCUGACCAAAGCACAAGCUUUUUGGAAAAUGGCGGAUGCUACCAAUUGGUAUUUAUUAGCAAAUGGAAAACCUUUAUUUUCGCACAUUCAGGAAGAUAGGAAACUAUUAGAAAAGCAUGGAUGUGAAAUAAAGUAUUAGUUUAAAUCUUG